AUGAAUUCCAAAUUGGUAGAAUUAUCAUCAAUUCGUUGCUUUGGCGGAUAUCAGCGGAUCUUCUCCCAUUACAGUGGGACGCUGAAAUGUACGAUGAAAUUCGGUAUUUACAUUCCGGAUUUAAGGCUUCAUGAAAAAGUACCUGUUUUAAUGUAUCUUUCGGGUAUUACUUGUACCGAAGCAAAUUUUAUCGAGAAAAGCGGUUUUCAACGUGCUGCGGCAACGCACAAAAUGAUAGUUGUAAAUGCAGACACAAGUCCGAGAGGUGUGGAUAUUCCGGGCGAUUCCGAUUGUUGGGAUUUUGGCAAAGGUGCUGGCUUUUAUCUUGAUGCAACGGAACCAAAAUGGAGUAAGCAUUACCGAAUGUAUACGUAUAUCGCAGAUGAAUUGCCUAAUAUAGUGCAGUCAAAUUUUGCCGAAUGCUGUCUGCAUCGAUGGGGAAUAAUGGGACAUAGUAUGGGAGGGCAUGGUGCAAUGGUAAUCGGUCUCAGAAAUCCGAAAAAAUUCUUAAGUAUCUCGGCAUUUGCCCCACUUUGUAAUCCGAUGAACUGCGAGUUGGGAAAGAAGGCAUUCCUUGGUUAUCUUGGGCCGUUGAAGGAAGAUUGGGAAGCAUAUGAUUCACUGGAAGUCAUUAAAAAUUAUGACGGAGAAACAAGGAAAAUCUUAAUCGAUCAGGGUACAGCAGAUAAUUUUUUGGCUCAGGAUCAGUUGCUACCACAGAAUUUGAAAACCGUCAACAAUGAUAAAGUUCAAAUCGAGAUAAGAUAUCAAGAAGGCUAUGAUCACUCGUAUUUUUUUGUUGCAUCAUUUAUUGAAGAUCACUUUGCAUUUCAUAAUGAAAUUUUAUCCAAACAAGCCAAUAGUCAAUCAUAG